AUGGAGAGUGCUGGAGCGUGGUUCAUUGCAGCUGCAUCAAUUGCAUCUGCCGCUUCAGAGCCCUCGCGGCCUCGUGGUGUCGGCCCUGAGUUUGCAAAGUUCUACAAGGAUGCUGAAUCAUUUACUUGCAUUUCAAAUCCCUCCAUCAAGAUUCCUUUCUCUCAGGUCAACGACGACUACUGUGACUGCCCUGAUGGCUCCGAUGAGCCUGGCACUUCGGCCUGCUCCUACCUCUCCCCACUUUCACCUUCGACCCUCUCGGAUACUACAAACAAGGACCAAAUAAACUCUACACAAGUCUUGCCUGGAUUCUACUGCAAGAACAAGGGUCACCAGCCCAGCUAUGUCCCCUACACAAGCGUCAACGAUGGCUUCUGCGACUACGACCUAUGCUGCGAUGGUAGCGAAGAAUGGCAAGGAGUUGGCGGUGUCAAGUGCCAGAACAAGUGCGAUGAGAUUGGCAAGGAGUGGAGGAAGAAGACCGAGUCGCGCCAACGUGCUCUCAACAACGCCAACAAGAAGAGAAAGGAAUACACCAACGAGGCCCAGCGCCUAAGAAAGGAGGUUGAAGACAGAAUCAAGACUCUGCAGACCCAACUUGCCGCUUCUGAGCUUCACGUCACCGAUAUGGAGAAAGAGUUGGCUGAAGUCGAGCGUCGUGAGAAGGGCAAGAUUGUCAAGAGCCAGGGCGCCAAGCAGGGCAAGAUGGGUGUGCUUGUCGGCCUUGCAAAGCAGAGAACCGAGGAGCUGAGAGAUCAUCUGGUUCGUGUCCGUCAGGAACGUGAUACCUCCAAAGAUCGCGUCAAGGAGCUGGAAGCCAUUCUUUCGACUUUCAAGGAGGAGUACAACCCCAACUUCAACGAUGAAGGUGUCAAGAGAGCUGUCCGUGCUUGGGAAGACUAUGCUGCUCGCGACAAGAGCGGUGACGACACUUCAGCACAUGACAGAGACCUCGAGGAGAUCACCAAGACUGACAAGGACAAUGGUCUCGACUGGGAGUCAUACCUCGAGGCUGAUGGCGAAGAUGUUGAAGUUUUGUACGAGAUCGAAAACUACCUCCCCAAGCCUCUUCGUGAUUGGGUGGACCAGAAGCUGCGCGACCUUCGUGUCAUGCUGAUCGAGAAUGGUAUUCUCGCUGACCUUUCAUCAGAAGGCGGCGAGUCGGCUGCUGUGAAUGAUGCAAAGAACCGCCUCAAGUCUGCCCAAGACGCUGUCAACUCGCAACGCAGGGACCUCGACUCUCACAAUGAGGACUUGAACAAGGAAUACGGUCCCGAUGGUGUUUUCCGCGCUCUCAAGGGCCAAUGCAUCUCUGUCGACUCUGGCGAAUACACUUACGAACUCUGCUUCAUGGAGCACACUACUCAAAAGUCCAAGAAAGGUGGCAGCAGCACACGCAUGGGCAACUUUGUCCGCUUCGAUAAGAUCACUGUCGACGAAGAAGUUUCUGCUGAUGGCAAGGGUCUUGGUUCAGGCGAGCGUAUCACCAUGAAACAUGAGAAUGGUCAACAUUGCUGGAACGGACCUAACCGUAGCACGACCGUCGUUCUGGCCUGUGCCGAGAAGAACGAGAUCUGGAAGGUCUUUGAGGAGGAGAAGUGUGUCUAUCGUAUGGAGGUUGGCACACCUGCUGUCUGUGAGGCUCUCCAGAAGGCGGAAGUUGUCAAGGACGAGUUGUAA